UCUCCAGCCUUCACCAUGUCCAUCAGGAUGACCCAGAAGACCUACAAGGUGUCUGCCUCUGGCCCUCGGGCCUUCAGCAGCCGCUCUUACUCGAGCGUGCCCUGCGCCCGUACCAGCUCCUCGUCCUUCUCCCGGGUGGGCAGCAGCAGCGGCUACCGGUGCGGCCUGGGCCCCAGCGUGGGCCUGGGUGGGGGCUUCUGCGGGGCAGGAGGUAGUGGGGGCAUCACGGCCGUCACUGUGAACCAGAGCCUGCUGAGCCCCCUUAAGCUGGAGGUGGACCCCAACAUCCAGGCCGUGCGUACCCAGGAGAAGGAGCAGAUCAAGAACCUCAACAACAAGUUUGCCUCCUUCAUCGACAAGGUGCGGUUCCUGGAGCAGCAGAACAAGAUGCUGGAGACCAAGUGGAACCUUCUGCAGCAGCAGAAGACAUCUCGGAGCAACAUGGACUGCAUAUUUGAGAGCUACAUCAACAACCUUAGGCGGCAGCUGGAGACGCUGGGCCAGGAGAAGCUGAAGCUGGAGGCAGAGCUGGGCAACAUGCAGGGGCUGGUGGAGGACUUCAAGAAUAAGUAUGAGGAUGAGAUCAAUAAGCGAACAGAGUUGGAGAAUGAAUUUGUCCUCCUCAAGAAGGAUGUGGAUGAAGCUUAUAUGAACAAGGUGGAGCUGGAGUCCCGCCUGGAAGGGCUGACUGACGAGAUUAACUUCCUCAGGCAGCUGUAUGAAGAGGAGAUCCGUGAGCUGCAGGCCCAGAUCUCGGACACAUCCGUGGUGCUGUCCAUGGACAACAGCCGCUCCCUGGACAUGGAUGGCAUCAUUGAAGAGGUCAAGGCCCAGUACGAGGAGAUCGCCAACCGCAGCCGGGCUGAGGCCGAGUGCAUGUAUCAGAUCAAGUAUGAGGAGCUGCAGACACUGGCUGGGAAGCAUGGGGAUGACCUUCGUCGUACGAAGACUGAGAUCUCCGAGAUGAACCGGAAUAUUAACCGGCUCCAGGCUGAAAUAGAAGCGCUCAAAGGCCAGAGGGCUUCCCUGGAAGCUGCCAUCGCUGAUGCUGAGCAGCGUGGAGAGCUAGCCAUUAAGGAUGCCAACAGCAAGCUGGCCGAGCUGGAGGCUGCUCUGCAGCGAGCCAAGCAGGACAUGGCGCGGCAGCUGCGUGAGUACCAGGAGCUGAUGAACGUCAAGCUGGCCCUGGACAUCGAGAUCGCCACCUACCGCAAGCUGCUGGAGGGCGAGGAGAACCGGCUGGAGUGUGGGAUGCAGAAUGUGAGCAUCCAUACAAAGACCACAAGUGGCUACUCCGGUGGGCUGAGCUCGGCCUGUGGGGGCCUCAUAAGCCCUGGCCUCAACUGCAGCCUGAGCUCCUUCCAGUCCAGCUUCAGCUCUGGUGGAAGCAGCGGCUCCUUCAUCCGCACCGGUUCCCCGAACGCCGUGAUUGUGAGGAAGAUUGAGACCCGUGAUGGGAAGCUGGUGUCUGAGUCUUCUGAUGUCCUGCCCAAGUGAAUGGCCACUGUGGCCCCUCCCAGCCUACACCUGCCCCUGGCUGCUCUGGAGAU